AUGGCCACGGUGAUGCAGAAAAUCAAAGAUAUCGAAGAUGAGAUGGCAAGGACCCAAAAAAACAAGGCUACUGCUCAUCAUUUGGGCUUGCUGAAGGCUAAACUUGCAAAGCUGCGGAGGGAACUCCUCACACCUUCAUCAAAAGGAGGUGGUGGUGCUGGUGAAGGUUUUGAUGUUACUAAAAGUGGGGAUUCAAGAGUUGGUCUAGUGGGCUUCCCUUCAGUUGGAAAAUCUACGUUACUUAAUAAGUUGACUGGGACAUUUUCUGAGGUUGCUUCCUAUGAGUUUACUACCUUAACUUGCAUCCCAGGAGUGAUCACAUAUCGUGGAGCUAAAAUCCAGUUAUUGGAUCUCCCUGGAAUUAUUGAGGGUGCUAAGGACGGAAAGGGAAGAGGAAGGCAGGUUAUUAGUACUGCAAGAACAUGCAAUUGCAUUUUGAUUGUCCUAGAUGCAAUAAAGCCAAUAACUCAUAAGCGUCUUAUUGAAAAAGAGCUGGAGGGAUUUGGUAUAAGGUUAAACAAAGAGCCACCAAAUCUGACUUUUAGGAAGAAAGAUAAAGGUGGAAUCAAUCUCACCUCAACUGCCACUACAACACAUCUGGAUCUUGAGACUGUAAAGGCUAUAUGUAGUGAGUAUAGAAUUCACAAUGCAGAUAUUACUCUCCGGUAUGAUGCCACUGCAGAUGACCUUAUAGAUGUCAUUGAGGGCAGCAGAGUAUAUAUGCCUUGUAUCUAUGCUGUGAACAAGAUUGAUCAGAUCACACUUGAAGAACUGGAGAUCUUGGAUAAGCUACCUCAUUACUGCCCAAUCAGUGCACACCUGGAGUGGAACCUUGAUGGUCUUCUGGACAAAAUCUGGGAAUAUCUCAGUUUAACUCGUAUCUAUACUAAACCUAAAGGGAUGAAUCCUGAUUAUGAAGACCCUGUAAUAUUAUCGUCGAAGCGGAGGACAGUUGAGGACUUCUGCAAUCGCAUUCACAAGGACAUGCUUAAACAGUUUAAGUAUGCGCUGGUCUGGGGCUCAAGUGCGAAACACAAGCCUCAAAGAGUUGGCAAGGAGCAUGAACUCGAAGAUGAAGAUGUGGUUCAGAUUAUCAAGAAAGUUCGGGUGAGAGCCGAAGCUUCACGAAAUAACAACCUCUACCCUAUCUCAACUUUUGGCGACAAGGCUCGAUUUGGAGCCUAA